AUGAUUGUUUGGGUCAUGCGCAAUUCCACGACGAGCGAGCGCCAUCCUUGCAGAUUCGGCUGUUGCUUCUCCACUUCGCGUGACGACAACCGCUCUGCAUAUGCGACCCAAGCUAUCACCGAAGAGCGCCGUCCGGUGGCAUCCUCACAUUCAAAUACCGCCGCAGUUGUUCCGCCGAACUCUGCGCGUGUCGUUAUUCGUUCGGCCCCGGACCACCUACCGCUCAAUGAGAAUUUCAAUGCACCUAUUCGCCGCCAUGUUUGGUACAGCAAGCGCCGACUGUGGACUCGCGCACAGCUGGAUCAGGAACGCAAGGAGUUCUUCGAGACGCGAGUAACCGGCCGAACUGAGGUCUGGGCGGCGCUAUCUGCGUCGAUCUCGUUCAUGCAGACGGGCGAUCUUACCACGGCCCAGAGCAUCAUUGACGCUGCCGGGGUCACGGUGCCUACAGGUGACCUCUGUCAAGGCUGCUACGACGAGCAAGGGGUCCUCUAUCGGCUACCUCAGUGUAUCGUGGCCAAUCCGGAGAACAUGGUACAAUCGAACCUAGCGGACGACGACUUCGACACCGACGACGCCAAGCUAUCGUUGGAUGAGGAAUCGGGAGAUGAACUUAUCGCAGACGAUGCCGAACGUCGCAGAGAUGAGAAGGGCAAGAUCAGCGAGCGAGAUUUGAUCCGAGUGAAAGCGCGACUAAGCGAUAGAGGCGGUCCCGAUCUGAUCGUGACUGUCGGGAAAACCCAGAACAUCGCAUAUAUCGCCCGCAAACUACAACAGGAAGCUGAGAUCCCGAAGACCCAACGAAUAAAAAUCGCCUAUCUAGGCAAAAUCCUCAAGGAACAUCUACCCCUAAUCGACCAAGGAUGGAAACCUGGCCAUGUGAUCAACGCAUUGGUCGUCACCCGGCGGUCUCCAUCAUGUUAG